AAUGCCCAUUAAUAGCACGUGAAAACCGGAAAGAAUAAUAGAGAGGGAGAGGAUAUGGAGAUUCCAGUUGUACACAAUUCAUUCAAUCCAAAAUUCUAUCCUUGUCCUAUGUUUCCUUUUGUUUCCUUUUGCUUGGUAUUGCUCUCACCACUAAAAACCCAAACACACCCACUUCUCCAUUAAAACUCUCCUUCUCUCUCUCACAUUCCCUCACUUACAAACCUCUUGAGAAAAUUGGUAAUGCCAAAGAAUUCCGUAGAUCGAAGAAUUAUUGUGAAUACUUCACUCUCAUCAAAUUCUACUCCUAUUUAAUUUUCUCUAGCUUCUUAUCUAAUCAAAAUCCUUAUUUCUAGAUUCUUUUAAUCCCAUAAAAAAAGAAAAAAAGAAAAAAAAAAUGAGUUGUGUGAAUCUGAGUACAUGGGUCCAAACCUGUUCUCUGUUCAACCAAGCAGGAGGCAGAUCCAGACUCUCCUCCUCUUCAGCUCUCAACAAUCUGUUUCACCCUCUGAAGAAUAAUUUCCCAAUUCCCCUUUCUUCAAUCCCAAAACGACACCGUCCGAGUCCGUCGUCUUCUCUCUCCACCGUCUCCGCCCUGCUCACCCAGCAAGAGACCGAGACCGUGACGGAAGCCCUAGAGGAGGAAAAAGCCCCUUUCAAUUUCAAGGCCUACAUGAUCCAGAAGGCAAAUUCUGUGAACCAGGCCCUAGACGACGCCGUUUCGCUCCGCGAGCCGCAGACUAUCCACGAGGCUAUGAGGUACUCGCUCCUCGCCGGCGGCAAGAGAGUCCGCCCGGUGCUCUGCCUCACCGCUUGUGAACUCGUCGGCGGAGAUGAGUCCGUUGCCAUGCCGGCGGCCCUCGCCGUCGAGAUGAUCCACACCAUGUCGCUCAUCCACGACGACCUUCCUUGCAUGGACAACGACGAUCUCCGCCGCGGCAAGCCGACGAACCACAAGGUGUUCGGCGAGGACGUCGCCGUCCUCGCUGGCGACGCCCUCCUCGCCUUCGCCUUCGAGCACAUCGCCGUCUCCACCGCUGGAGUCACUCCUUCGAGAAUCGUCCGCGCGAUCGGCGAGCUUGCAAAGUCGAUCGGCACCGAAGGCCUCGUCGCCGGCCAAGUCGUCGACAUCGAUUCCGAGGGAUCCGACGACGCCGGACUCGAGAAGCUGGAAUUCAUCCACAUCCAUAAAACCGCCGCUCUUCUAGAAGCCUCCGUCGUUCUCGGAGCGAUUCUCGGCGGCGGCACCGACGACGAGGUCGAAAAGCUCCGGAGCUUCGCGAGGUGCAUCGGACUGCUGUUUCAGGUCGUGGAUGACAUCCUGGACGUGACGAAAUCGUCUCAGGAAUUGGGGAAAACGGCCGGGAAAGACUUGGUCGCCGACAAGGUAACCUAUCCGAAGCUGAUCGGGAUCGAAAAAUCGAAGGAAUUCGCAGCAAAAUUGAACAAAGAAGCACAAGAACAACUCUCCGGGUUUGACGCUCACAAAGCUGCUCCUUUGAUUGCUUUGGCUAAUUAUAUUGCUAAUAGGCAAAACUAAUAAAGAACCUGUUCUUCGUUCGUUGGUUUUAGAUUUAUUUUGGUUUAGUAUAAAACACAUGGGGGUAUAAAAGAAAUCGUUUUUGUGGGGAUUACUUGCAACAACAUGUUAAUGAUGUUUUAGUCAAACGUAACGAAUACAAGAUUCGUUAUAAUAUAGUUUGUCAAAUGCUGUUAUGAUCCUGUAUUGCUUAUUUUAAUGAAAUCAAAGAAACAUGCUGGGUAAUACUCUGCAUCUGGGCGUUGAAUGAA